UGCUGCGUUUGUUUUCAAAAAGGUCACAAUCAAAACAUAUAAAACCUCUUGUGUGUUUCCAUGUGACUGCAUCCCAAAUAUGAUUUGGGCCUUCGAUUCCUCUUCUCGUACUACCAAUGUAGCCCUGAAAGCAAAUGAGAUUGCCUGGAAUGUUUUAUUGAAUUGAUGGACAGAGGUGGUGUAAGGAAAAAGGAGAUCUUGAGGUUUAGAAAAGUGGUACCAAUCAAGAUCUCCUCAAAUAGCUCUCUAACCAAAACAACACAGGGGGCCGGCUGUGAUAGCCCUAGUGCUGCACCACUCACGCAUAUAGCACAUAGUAUAGCGGUCUAAACAAAGCCACAAUCUGAAUUUAUAUGACGCAGAUUUCAUUUUCCAAAUCUUUUAAGAAUAGUUAAAUAUCACCGCGUGCCAAUGUGGGUCAUCUGAAAUGUUUCCUUUGGCUUGGAGAGGGAUUCGACCCUAAUUGUUAACUGCAAGUGCUAACACAAAAUCUUAGUCUGAGAUGACCCAAGGAUAUAGAUCAAUUGUUGGUUGCUUCACGCCUUCAUUCAGAGACAAGUUCUCCACUACUGCAAGCAUCUGGACCCAGUUUAUACACAGCUUGGUUUGUGCAUUGAUCUGGUACUCUUGUUGUCACUCAUUGCCUUCUCUUCUCAAGUUCUCAUCGAUGGCCGAGGAGGUGUGGAAAGCCCUGAGCCUCCUCUUUCGCAUCGCCGCGCUCGGUCUGUCGCUGGCGGCUGCCAUCGUGAUGGCCACCGCGAGCCAGCUGGUCAUCGGCGGCGGCGGCGGCCAUGAAUCCUCGAGCUACUCCGUUUCCUUCGGCCAGUACAACGCUCUAAGGUACUUCGUGGCGGCCGGCGCGAUCUCGGCCGUCUGCUCGGCGGCGGCGCUGUACCUGUUCGCGGUGCGCGCCGACUUCACGGUCGUCGUCGUGUCGCUGCCGCUGGUUCCCGUCCUCGACGCCGCCGCGCAGGGCUUCCUCUUCUCGGCGGCCGGCGCGGCCUUCGCGACCCGUGACGUGGUUGGUGGCGGCACCAGUGCGGGAAGAGGCAGCAGCGUGUGCGACGCCGCCGGCGCGUUCUGCGGUAGGGUGACCGUCGCGGCGGCCGUCUGCGCGUUCGCGGCCGUCUCCGUCGCCACCGCGGCACUGGCCAGCAGGGAUGCGGGCGGCGGCAGCUCGGAAGGGCGGCGUUUUGAAUGGUGAUGAGGUUGCUCGAUCGAUCGGCCGCUGCAUGCGCGCGCCAUUGCUCGCAUCGAUCGUCGUUUUCAUCUGAGAUGAUGGAGCUAGCCAUAUGGAGGAGAUCGAGUGUCGAAUCUUUGAAGAGUGAACGGUGAGGUACUACCUUGUAUAUAAGCCCACGGUGAUUUUGUAACAUAAAAAGUUUGUAACACGUUGUUACGCUUCUUUUAAUGAAAUAAAAACUUUGUAACAUGUUAACCACUCGAUCGA